GAGAGAUUGAGAAUGGGGAAGGGUCCGUUGUCGUUGAAGCGCAGCAGCAGCAGCCGGCGGCGUGUGAAGAAGUUGAUCGGCCCUUUUCCUUCGCCGCCACAGCCAAUGGGACCCUCGCCCUUGAACAACAGUUUGGGGGCUGUCAAGGCGAAGAAGAAGGCCGGGGGAGCCAGGCUUUGGAUGCGAUUCGAUCGCUGCGGUGGUUCCGAGCUAGUCGAGUGUGACAAGAAUGCUAUUAUCCGACGUGCUGCCAUUCCUCCUCGUGACUUGAGAAUUCUUGGCCCUGUUUUCUCUCAUUCCUCCAGCAUCCUUGCCAGGGAGAAGGCCAUGGUGGUCAAUUUAGAGUUUAUAAAGGCUAUAGUUACUGCCGAAGAGGUUCUAUUGCUUGAUCCUCUGCGCCAGGAGGUUCUUCCCUUUGCCGAUCAGCUAAGGCAACAGCUUCCUUAUAAAACCCAAUCCAGGGUUGAUGAACUGGAUUCAACCGCUCCACAAUGGUUACCUCUUCCUGAGGCAGUUGAAGGUUUGCAAUGUGAUCUCCCAUUUGAGUUUCAGGUUCUCGAGAUUGCUCUAGAAGUUGUCUGUACAUUCUUGGAUUCCAGUGUGGCUGACCUUGAGAUGGAAGCUUACCCUGUUCUUGAUGAACUCGCCAGAAAUGUUAGCACCAAUAAUCUUGAACUUGUUCGCAGUUUGAAAAGCAAUCUCACCCGUUUGCUUGCACGAGUACAGAAGGUCAGAGAUGAAAUUGAGCAUUUGUUGGAUGACAAUGAAGACAUGGCACAUUUAUAUUUGACAAGAAAGUGGAUUCAGAACCAACAAUCUGAGGCUUUGUUGGUCCGUUCUGGCUCAAAUAGCAUCAGUCCUAUUGCGCCCAAUCUCCGUCGGCUAAGUUCUAAUAGAAGUGCUAGUUUGGUAACUAGCAACAACAUGGGUGAAGAUGAUGUAGAGGAUUUAGAAAUGUUGCUUGAGGCUUACUUUAUGCAACUUGAUGGAACUCGUAACAAGAUAUUGUCGGUACGGGAGUAUAUAGAUGACACAGAGGACUACGUCAACAUUCAACUUGACAACCAGCGAAACGAACUCAUUCAGCUCCAAUUAACAUUGACCAUUGCAUCAUUUGCUAUAGCCGUUGAGACCUUGAUUGCUGGAAUAUUUGGUAUGAACAUUCCCUGUGUACUAUACAAAAAGGAUGGGAUAUUUGAGUUCUUUGUUGGAAGUAUUACUGCAUUUUCGGUAUUGCUUUUCUUCCUUGUUUUUGGGUAUGCAAGGUGGAAGAAGCUGCUUGGUUCAUGAGUCCUCUUCAUGAUCUUUCGUAGAUAUACUAGAUACACAAACUUGUUUAUAAACCUGACUAAUCAACCUCCCACCAAAACGAAAAAGAAAAAAGCCGACUCUGGUGUCAAGCUAGACAUCUUGAAUUGCUUGCUAGACAUCUUGUGAGCGCACAUAAGAUAGAGGGUGUGUUGCAUUUUGGUGAGUGCAACAGUUCAAGGAUUUCAUGUCUUCAUAAGACAAGAACUACUGUAGCAAGUUGCAUCUAUCGACCAGACUUUUACAACUGCUGUAACAUCAUUUGGCCUUUCUCUUAUGUAGGAUAUUUGUUUGGUGUAAAACACUAAAACUAUUGUGUAUUAGAAAUUUAGAAUACAGAGAAAAUUCUUCGUUUCAUAUUGAUUAAAUAUUGAUCAGAUAUACAUU